GAGUGCAUAUUUUAUGAGAACCGAUUUAAAACUACCGAAGAUAAAGUAAGUAAGGUUAUGCUUACUGAAGAUUUAGCAUCUUUAAAUGUUCUAACUGAAGAAAGUAUACUUACUGAAUUAUAUCAAAGAUUACAUCAAGGUGAUUUUCACACAUUCGUCGGUGACACAUUAUUAGUUUUGAAUCCAAAUGAAUUUCAAGACAUUUAUGGCAACCAGUUUCACGAUAGAUAUAAUUUUAAAUCAAGGUCAGAUAACGAGCCGCAUAUAUUUUCGGUAGCAGAUAAAGCAUAUCAAGAUUUACUUCAUAAUGAAGAAAAACAGCAUAUAAUUUUCUCUGGUGAAAGUAAAUCCGGCAAAACAUCAAAUGCCCAUCACCUCAUUAAACAUUUUAUUUAUCUUGGCAAGAGCUCAGGCGAUGUUGGUAUCAGAAUCAUGAAAGCAAUUGACGUCAUUCAUGCAUUCUGUCAUACUUCUUCUCCACUUAAUGAAAAUUCGACAAGAUGUGUUUAUCAAACUCAGUUGACUUUUGGACCAACUGGAAAAGCAUCUGGAGCAAUAUUUUCUUUAUUUCAAUUGGAAAAGUGGUGCGUUUCUACGAUCGAUAACACAGCUUAA